GGUUGACUUUGGAGCCAUGGACUGGCUAAGGGAAAUUGUAUACAGCUUGAUCGCAGACUCCAAGAAGAUCUUCUACUUAAGGGAAUUGACAGCGUUAGAACAAGGCAGGUCAGUUUGGAGCAGCAGGGCACAUCUCACAAAGGCUGGACGAAGUUUCGAGCACAUCUUCAAUGUCCAUUUCGUGUGACAACAGGAGGAUUUUUGGCAGUUGAUCGUGAAGGCAAGUUAUGUAGCAGUCUAGGCCGGUGCCCAUCUUGCAAAGCGAUAGAGUCGAAAAUUCUCCAUUCGUGUCGUGGCCGAAGAUGAAUCCUUCACUGAGCGGCUUGCUCUAUUGUUCGAGCGCUGCAAACUGCGCGGAUGUUUCCCCCGAUGCUGCCGCUGUGGAGGUUCUUCUGAAUAAGCUUUCCACGGGAAGUUUGGAUGAGCAGCGGAACGCAGCUGGGGAGUUACGCAUGCUUGCUAAGCGAAACGUGGAGAAUCGGAUAUGUAUCGCAGAGGCUGGAGCGAUCCCUUUGCUUGUCAAGCUUUUGUCUACGCCAGACUUGAGAACACAGGAGCACGCUGUCACAGCACUGUUGAACUUGUCAAUAAAUGACAACAACAAGGGAGCUAUUGUGAUGGCCGGGGCGAUAUAUCCCAUCGUUGAUGUCCUCAAAUCUGGGAGCAUGGAAGCGAGGGAAAAUGCCGCAGCUACUUUGUUCAGCUUGUCUGUUGUUGAUGAGAACAAGGUGACUAUUGGGGCGUCCGGCGCCAUUCCAGCUCUAGUAGAUCUGCUUCGAGAUGGUACUGCAAGAGGAAAGAAGGACGCCGCCACUGCUCUGUUCAAUUUGUCAAUUUUCCAAGGAAAUAAGGCCAAGGCAGUGAGGGCGGGUGUCGUACCUCCGUUGAUGAAACUGCUAGUAGAUCCUAAUGCGGGUAUGGUCGAUGAAUCUCUAGCCAUACUGGCGAUAUUGGCGACACAUCCGGAGGGUAGAGUGGCGAUCGGUAGUGCUUCUGCCAUUCCAAUUUUGGUUGACUUGAUUAGAUCGGGAUCACCACGAAACAAGGAAAACGCUGCCGCAGUUUUGCUUGCUCUAAGUAUGAGUGAUACGAACCAUCUAGCGGACGCUUGGAAACGGGGAGCUCAGGGUCCUUUGGCGGAACUCGUUCGAACUGGUACUCAGAGGGCUCGGCGGAAGGCAACUCAAUUACUGGAUCAGAUGAAGAAGCUAAACUUGGACAUAGCAAAGGAGAAUCAAUAGCAUCCAUCGUCUGUACGCUUCGGAUCCAAAUCAUUAGCUCCCCUGGUAAGCAACCUACAGGUAGUGAAGAUGGUCGAAGAUCAUUCUUCCGUUUGUGUACUCUAAAUUCAUCGCAGGUGCCUACACCAUUGUACUUAUAGGUACGGGAGAUCAAUCAUGAUGGUGGAGAUUUUCCUUGUCCCUUGGGUUUGAGGCUUGAUUCCCUCCUUACCAGGAACUUUGAGGACAUAACAUCUGCUCAAGACAUACAAGAGGUUUGUGUCUAAUUGCAGGUGCAAUUUUUUUCAUAACUGGAGAUUGAGGGUCUGCCAGGAUAUCUCCGCAACUCAAAGAGUAAAUUGCCAUGACAAAUGGCAUGUUUAGCUGGUUGGCUUCUACAGCACUCCGUGGAGUAAAGUGACGCUAGUCGUACAGUUUGUCAACGAAUUUAUAUCAUUUAAAAAGUGGUCCCAGAGAUAGUCGCCCUCCCUCAACUCUGAAUGUCCACAAUUACAGCUGUUUCCAUCGACAUGGCGUAAGCCGUCCUCUGUCUGUAGAUUUGAUGUGGACAGGGGAUAGCGAAUGAGAUUCUAUCCUGAAGUAGCCAGAAUAGUUUGAACUCGACUGCUGCCUUAGAGUUCCAUAUCUGAUGAGCAAGAAUAUUGAUCCUGUAGUUCCCUUAUUCAUUAAGUUUCGUUGUAGUCCCGGUCGAGAUCUAUAAAAGCCAUUCAAUUUCCUCUACUGUAAUUAUUUCCAACAUGGUUUGGGCUUAGAUUCAAUGUGGUUCAUUUCCCUUUUUAUGAUAGCGGCAACUUCUGCCAAUUUUUUUCACGUGUAAAAGUGACUUUUACUCUGUUCUAUUCAUUUUGCAAUAUAAAUUAAAGCAACACUGUUGCUCAGAGUC